AUGGGGUGCACAUCAAGUUCACAGAGACCAACAUCGACCAGAAACAUCAACAUUGUGACGCCCGCGUCAGAGCAGCAAAAAAAAAACGAUACAAAGGUUAAGAUUGUUUUAUUAGGGGAUAGUGGAGUUGGAAAGUCUAGUAUUGCCUUAUACUUGUGCCACGGCCGUUUUUCCGAUAAGCACCAGGUGACAAUAGGAGCAGCCUUUCUGCACCACACCAUUGAGCUUAAAAAUGGAGUUACUAUGAAACUGCACAUUUGGGAUACCGGGGGGCAGGAGCGCUUUCGGUCCAUGGCGCCGCUGUACUAUCGCGAUGCUUACGGGGCCGUAGUCGUGUAUGAUUCGAAUAACGUGGAAUCCUUCAACUCGCUCAAGUACUGGAUUAAUGAAAUAAAGUCGAAUGGAUCGCGAAACUGUUGCAUCAUGGUAGUCGCAAAUAAAAAGGACCUUCCACAGAAGCUGAAUUCGGAGAUGGUGAUGAAGUUCUGUGAACAAGAAAAUGUGUCCUUUAUCGAAUGCUCCGCCAAGACCGGUGAGAAUAUUAACACCCUUUUUGAAAAAAUAGCAAGCCGCAUUUAUUUAAGAUUCAAAGAAGUAUUAUAUUACAAUGGCCCGUAA